AUGGUUGAUUUAAAUAUAGAAAAAUAUGAAAUUCAAGAAGAGGAUAAUAUGAUUAAAAAACAAGUUGAUGAAUUAAUUAUUCGAGUUGAAAAGAAUGAUAAUACUAAUAAAGAAAUAAAGAAUGAAGUUAAUGAGAUAGAAAAAAAGAUAGAAAGUAUUAUUAAUAGAGAUGAAAAGGUAAAAACAUAUUGUGAAAAGGCAACAAUACUUUUUGAAAAUUUUAUUAAACUUCUCAAUGAACAAAACGAAAUUAUUAAAUUACAAGGAGAUACAAUUAAAUCUUUAGAAAAUGAAAUGAAAAUUAAUGUCUUACCAUUUAUUCACUACCAAAAAAAUUUAAAUGAUGAAAAUAAAAAUGAACAAAAAAUAAUUAAAAAACAAAUAAAUGAAGAAAUUUCUCAAUUAAAUUUAGAAAAUAAAAAUAUUUCUUCAAAUUUAAUUUCUAUUGAACAACAACUUGAACAAAAUAAAAAUAUAAAUGAUAACCAACAAAAACAACUUCAAAACAUUGAAUUAAAAAUUAAUGAAGAAUCUGAAAACAAUACAAAAAAUCUUCUUUCUUUAAAAGAAGAAUAUAAACAAUAUAAAAAUUGGAAUACUGAAUAUUUAAAUAAUCAAUUUAAUGAAAUAAAUUUACAAUUAAGUAAAUGUAAUAAUAAAAUGAACUUUUUUGUUGAAAAACAUGAAGUUGAAAAUAUUAAUAACAUUAUUUGUUUACUUGAAAAAACAAUUAAAAGAAAAGAUAAACAAAAUCUUUCAUUAGUUUCUAUUGCUAUUAGUAAUGUUGAAACUCAAUUAAAUUCUUUAAAAGGUUCAUUUGAAAAAUUUAUUGUAAAUUUUAAUUCUAAUGAAAAAAAAGUUAGUCAUUUGAUUUCUUCUAUUCCUUCAAUGUGGAAAUGUCUUUAUAAACAAAAAUUUGAAAAAAUUAGAUUAGAUUGCUAUUUUGAUGACUUAUGUCAAUGGACAAAAUUAAAUGCUAUUAAUCAUAUAGAAAUAAUAACAAUGGAACGUUUACGAUUUUCUUCUUUAUUUGUUCAAAGCGUAAAAGGAUAUUCAAAUGUUAUGUUCAUUUUUAGGACAAUUGAUCAACAUAUUUUUGGUUGUUUUAAUAAAUUAAUUAUUCCAUUUGAAUUUACUAAACCUGGAGAUGUAGACACAGGAAUUGGAUUUGAUGAUAAUCAUUUUAUAUUUACAUGUAAUCAUGAAACUCAUAAAUUAGUGUUAUGGAAAAUGAAAAGAGAAGCAGAAACACUUGAACUUUUCAAAGAAAAUUCUGAAGAUCUUAUUAAAGUAGAAAAAGCUUUUUCUAUUAAAAAGAAUGGAGAAGGUUAUUUUUCUACAAAAAUGAAUGAAUAUUAUACUAAUAUCAAUAAAAUUACUAUAGAUAAAAAUGAUAGAUUUAAAGUAGAAUGUUUCUAUAUUGUUUAUUGGGAAUAA